GCGUCCCAUCACUGCGCACCAGCAGAAGCUGCGGCAGGUCCAGACGCAUCCGUCCGGCGACGUUGCGCUCCCUUUCCGUCACGCAGUAUGAUGUCCGCUGUACCUGACUGAGCAGUGGCCACCGCCCGCGCCUCCGCCACCUUCCUCCGGGCACCAGCGCGCCUGGCAGCAGCGGCCAACCUUCGCAGGUGGUGUAAACACAAGCGGCAGCAAUGGCGGACGCGGCGGAGUGCGGAGUCCGAGUGAUGUGCCGCUUCAGGCCCCUGAACGAGGCCGAAAUCACCCGCGGAGACAAGUACAUCCCCAAAUUCAAGGAGGACGACACAGUGCUGAUAACGGGCAAGCCAUAUGUUUUUGACCGUGUGUUGCCCCCUAACACGUCCCAGGAACACGUGUAUGACCAGUGUGCCAAACAAAUCGUCAAAGAUGUCCUCGGUGGUUACAAUGGCACCAUCUUUGCCUACGGACAGACGUCGUCUGGCAAGACUCACACCAUGGAGGGCAAGUUGCAUGAUCCUCAGCUGAUGGGAAUCAUCCCUCGCAUCUCCCAUGAUAUCUUUGAUCACAUCUACUCCAUGGAUGAAAACCUGGAAUUUCACAUCAAGGUCUCUUAUUUUGAAAUCUACUUGGACAAGAUAAGAGACCUGCUGGAUGUGUCGAAGACAAACCUGGCCGUCCACGAGGACAAGAACCGAGUUCCCUAUGUGAAGGGAUGUACCGAGCGUUUCGUGUCCAGCCCAGAGGAGGUGAUGGACGUCAUCGAUGAGGGAAAGGCUAACCGGCACGUGGCAGUGACAAACAUGAACGAGCACAGCUCUCGCAGCCACAGCAUAUUCCUCAUCAACAUCAAGCAGGAGAACGUGGAGACGGAGAAGAAGCUGUCUGGAAAGCUUUACCUGGUGGAUCUGGCUGGCAGCGAGAAGGUCAGUAAGACAGGGGCGGAAGGCGCAGUGCUGGACGAAGCCAAGAAUAUCAACAAGUCAUUGUCUGCGCUCGGGAACGUCAUCUCUGCUCUGGCUGAGGGAACGAAAACUCAUGUCCCGUAUCGAGACAGCAAGAUGACCCGGAUCCUGCAGGACUCGCUGGGAGGAAACUGUCGCACCACUAUCAUCAUCUGCUGCUCGCCAUCCAUCUACAACGAGGCUGAGACAAAGUCCACGCUCAUGUUUGGACAGAGAGCCAAGACCAUCAAGAACACAGUAUCCGUGAAUCUGGAGCUGACUGCUGAGGAGUGGAAGAAGAAGUUUGAGAAGGAGAAGGAGAAGAACAAGAGUCUGAAGAGCGUCAUCCAGAGGUUGGAGACAGAACUUCAACGCUGGCGGAAUGGGGAGAACGUUCCUGAAGACGAGCAGCUGAACUCCAAAGACCAGAAGAGCGUCGAACCCUGUGACAACUCACUUGUCAUCGACAACCUGCUGCCAGUGGACGGAGAGAGGCUCGGAUCCAUCUGCUCCUCAGAGAGGAGCAAGUAUGAGGAGGACAUUAGCAACCUGUACAAACAGCUGGAUGACAAAGACGAUGAGAUCAACCAUCACAGCCAGCUUGCAGAGAAACUUAAAGAGCAGAUGAUGGACCAGGACGAGCUGCUGGCCUCGACUCGAAGAGACCAGGACAAGAUCCAGGAGGAGUUGUGUCGGCUGCAGACUGAAAAUGAGCUUGCUAAAGAGGAGGUGAAGGAGGUGCUGCAGGCUCUGGAGGAGCUGGCUGUCAACUAUGAUCAGAAGAGUCAGGAAGUGGAGGAGGGACAGCAGACCAAUAUGCAGCUGAUGGAGGAGCUGCAGCACAAGACGGCGCUGCUUUCUGUUGCCCAGAGAGACCUCGGCCAGCUCCAGGAGCUCAGUGGCCUCCAAAGGAAGAGAGCUGCAGAGGUCCUGAACCUGCUGCUGCGAGACCUCAGUGAGAUUGGAGCCAUCAUCGGAACCAGCGACGCCAAAUCUGACACUAUGUCCGAGGGGAAGGGGAACGGCUCAGUGGUGGAGGAAGAGUUCACCGUGGCUCGUCUCUACAUCAGUAAGAUGAAGUCGGAGGUAAAGUCUCUGGUCAACCGCAGCAAACAGCUGGAGAGCACACAAGCCGACGCCCACCGCAAGAUCCAAGCUAAUGAAAAAGAGCUGGCUUCCUGUCAACUCCUGGUCUCGCAGCACCAGGCCAAGAUCAAGUCCCUGACCGACUACAUGCAGAACAUGGAGCAAAAGAAGAGGCAGCUGGAGGAGAGUCAGGACACUCUGACCGAAGAGCUGGCUAAACUCCAGGCUCAAGAGAAGAUGAACGAGAUGUCCAGAGAGGAGAAGGAGAAGGAGGACAGACAGGACAGCAGUGAGAGCAUAAAGGUGAGUGGAAGGAGCGUCUUGAUGGACAGUGCUGUUUGUGUGUUUAUUUGGAAUCUGAUCCAGUUCUGGUCUGAAAACCAUCAGAAAUCUCUGGAAGAGCAGCUGGAGAACCACAGGGAGGCUCAUCAGAAGCAACUUGGUCGCCUCAGAGACGAGCUGGAGGACAAGCAGAGGAUGCUGGAUGAGCUCUCCGAUCUGAACCAGGGUCUGGUACUGGAGCAGAGGAGGCUCAUGUCCGACUACGACAAGCUGAAAGCUGAAGAGCAGGAGAAGGAUGCCAAGCUGCAGAGGCUCAUGACGCUAAUGGAGCAAACGGAGCAGGCCAAGGAGGACUUGAAGGGUCUGGAGGAGACCGUGGCUAAAGAGUUGCAGACUCUCCACAACCUCAGAAAGUUGUUUGUCCAGGACCUGACCAUGAGGGUGAAGAAGAAUGCCGAGCUGGACUGUGAGGAAGGACUUAGCAACGUCGCCCAAAAGCAGAAGAUCUCCUUCCUGGAGAACAACCUGGAGCAGCUCACCAAAGUCCACAAGCAGCUGGUGCGUGACAACGCAGACCUGCGUUGCGAGUUGCCGAAGCUGGAGAAGCGUCUGCGUGCCACGGCGGAGCGGGUCAAAGCUCUGGAGAACGCCCUGAAGGAGGCCAAGGAGAACGCCAUGAGGGACCGUAAGAGGUACCAGCAGGAUGUGGACCGGAUCAAAGAAGUGGUGCGAGCCAAGAACAUGGCCAGGAGGGGCUACUCAGCUCAGAUCGCGAAGCCCAUCCGGCCUGGACAUCACCCGCUAUCGUCCCCUGUCUGCAGCUCCAUCAGGACGGGCAGAGCCUACAACUGAAGCAGGCACCUGUGUGUCAUUUAUUUACACCGCUCCACUAGAAGAGAAGUCUCUUGUUUGCGAUAUCAUGAACCACUGCCCUCAUUUUCAGAGGCCACUAGAUGGCGCACUCUGCUCCGUACUCUUCAGAGCUCAGCAGCGCCACCAACUGAGCUCCGGAAAUGAUCAUUGAACAUGGACUUUCCGACAUAGAAAAUGUUUCUGCUUUCAGACGCUGAUACACGCGCUCAGCUGAAGUCUUCACAUCAUGUUCAUACACGUAGAAGUUUCUGAAUGUAAAUGAGAAGCCUCAUUGUGAUUCACCUUCAAUUCUGCUGUUUUCUGGCUGCAGCCCAUUCGGUCAGACUUCACAACCAGCACUGAGUAUUAGUCACCUCAUCAAGCUGCAUGUUGGAACUUUAAAUUCGCUGCUAAUGUCGUACAUUUCUUUGCGUAGAUCUCCCCUCUCACCAGCCGUCUCCAAAAGAUUCUGUUCACAUGAAUGUUCAACAAAAUGAAACAAGCGAUUGAAGGUCAGUAAAGAACGGUGUGGGGGGAACAUGAGACAGCGUCCCUGUCUUCCGAGGCCACUAGAUGGCACUAUUCUGUGUAAUAUUUGGCUGUGUGCAACGGGUUCAAUGAGCCCUCACAUGAUUUUUAAACAGCACCACCUCAGCUCUGAACACCAGGGGACUGUUUGAUUAAACCUUAUCACACGCAAUGAGAAGGUAGGGACAGAUGACAUUAAAUGUUACUCCUGGAGUGUUUUUUAAGCAAACAAGGAGGCUGGUAUUUAAAACAUAAAAGCACCACCAUUUUCUUUGUGCCUUUGGAGAAAAGUAUCCUGACUUGAAUCGCAGACGGUCAUAUUUUUAUUCUGCAUGUUUUGGAAUGUAUCUCACUGGAAAUGUUUGGCACACGUCGACUUCAUCGCUUAUCAGUUUUGCUUCGCCCCUUGUAUGCAUCCGAUAUAUUCCAAAUUAUGCAACAAAGAAAUAAAUCUAUUUGUCUUCUGAUAAAAAAAAA